CAGCGGAGAUGGGGCUGAGCCGGAGGGUGGGGCGGCGCUGUGGCUCCGCCCUCCUCCCCGCCCCUCCACUCCGGGCGCCCCGCCUACCCGCCUCGGAGCCGCGAGCCGGCCGCCCCGCCCUCGCGGAGAAGGUGGCUGCCGAAGUGGGCGGGGAGGUCAGGUGACCCUGCCGGCGUCCCAAGAUGGCGGCGGCGGUGGCGCCGGGGAGGCCGAGGCGGCGUCGGGGCUGCUGAGGUGACUCCGCGGGGCAAGCGACGGGUCGGCCGCACCGGAGGGCGGCGGCGGACGUACGGCCGCCUCGCGUGAGCAGCCGGGGCCGGGCGGUGCGGCGGCGGCGGCUCCGGGUGAUGCUGGUGCUGGGCCGGGCCUCUCCCUCCUCAACUUAGGGCGGCGGCGGGCCCGCACCCCCGGUUCCCGGGCCAUGGCGCUGAGGGAGCUCAAAGUGUGCCUGCUGGGGGAUACCGGUGUGGGUAAAUCUAGCAUCGUAUGGCGGUUCGUGGAGGACAGUUUUGAUCCGAACAUCAAUCCAACCAUAGGUACCAAGCUGUUUGUGAAGAUACUCCCUCUGUCUGCUACUUUCAACAGUUUGAGCUGCAGCUUCUCCACUGGGCAAGUCAGGGCAUCUUUCAUGACCAAGACUGUCCAGUACCAAAAUGAGCUACAUAAAUUCCUAAUCUGGGAUACAGCUGGACAAGAACGAUUUCGUGCGUUGGCACCGAUGUACUAUCGAGGGUCAGCAGCAGCCAUCAUCGUUUAUGAUAUCACAAAAGAAGAGACGUUUUCAACGCUGAAGAACUGGGUGAGAGAGCUGCGACAGCACGGCCCCCCUAGCAUUGUUGUCGCCAUUGCAGGGAACAAGUGUGAUCUUACUGACGUCAGAGAAGUCAUGGAGAGAGAUGCUAAGGACUACGCCGAUUCCAUUCAUGCCAUCUUUGUAGAGACCAGCGCAAAAAAUGCGAUAAACAUAAAUGAACUCUUUAUAGAAAUUAGCCGAAGAAUUCCAUCCACAGAUGCCAACCCGCCGUCUGGCGGCAAGGGCUUCAAACUCCGAAGACAGCCGUCGGAGCCAAAGCGAAGCUGCUGCUGACGACGACCCAGGUGGUCCUGGGUGUUGGAGGAGGGCCAGUCCCUGCCACUGGCGGCUGCCUCGUGCCCUGGAGUCUUCUCCAUGCAACAAGGACUCAGGGACUGGCUGUUGCUUCUCUUGGAAGGCUUCAGCAGGGUUUCCUCUGCAGACUUCUGUCGUAGACUCUGCCGGGAAAAGGGACCACAUCAUUGGCUGUUGACCUAGGAUGGAGUUGCUGGUACUUUCGUAAUCAGGAUGCCAUGUGUCAUUUGUGAAGGGGAUGAGCACUUUUGUAGAUCUUAAGGGAAAAGCCUGUGGAGAUGGACAUCUCCUCGGUCCUUGUCUCUAGUGUCAGCGUUGUGUCCUUUAAGAUGUGGAAAGUGAUCUCAAGUGGAGGGAUGGGUGGCCCUGGGACGGUCUCCACCAUCUCUAAAGCACUUUCAUGCACAGUGAAUUAACACCGUGGUGGCAGUGGCCUGGCUCACUUCUGACCCUGAAUGUGUCACCCACACUUUAGUUUUGUCAUUACCUUUCUAAAUAAGCUCUCGUGGUUCAGGUGAUGGUGUAGAGACGCUACCGGUGUGUCUAAAUUCAUGAGGGGCAGUGGUUUGAAAAGAAGAGGGAAAGACAAAGGAAAUGAUUUUAAGUUUUUUGGCCCAGGUAUUUUGAUGGGGGAGAAAAAUGUGCGCUGCCUAGCAUAUGUAAAUUUGUAGUCUAUAUUUAUGAGACCAUUGCUUAAAAAUUAUAAAUUAUGUAAAUACAUUAGUAACUUCUGAGUUCCGUUUAGUUCUCCAUUUAGCUGUGUGCUGGUCCCCAGGAGGUGUUGAAGCGCAUUCACCUUGUGCAGAAGCAUGGAGCGCUGAGCUCACGUGGUAAUAAAGACAUAUGCCCUGACGAGCCUGACCAGUCCUUCCUAGCCUGGGGCAAGUGGGAGCCUGGCCUGUCCAUCAGUCACUCACCUGGCCCUGGCAGUAGUGAGCUCAGACCCACUGUGUUGAGCGUUUCGCUUGCUGGCAGUCGGCUCACCUCUCCUCCUUUGUUUCCUCCUGCCUCUGUUAGUGCUCUGCACUCUUCCCUCAGGAACCUAAUGAGGUUCUUAAUAUAACCUAAAAAUAAAGCCCCCAAGUGAAACUGCUGGAAAUUUGUUCCUGGCCUAAUUUGGCACCCUUCCAGCCCGCGUAUUGUAACGGAAGGAAAUUUACAAGAUUAAAUAGGAAAUGAAACAGCUUGAAUUUCAAGCCAAAUUGUGUUUUCAGAGCUAUCCUUAACUGAAGAGUCAAAACUUUUCAAAACAGUUGUUACUACUUUAUGCCCCUCCCCUACGUGCUUAGAAUGGAGAGGUUUUAAGGGAAGGGCAGCCCCGAUGACACAGCCCUGAGCAAGGCCUUGUAAGUACCUCAGGUGUUCACCCUGACUGACGUCAGACUUGCUGCGCCUUGUAUGGACCCCGUCACCUCAUCCUGAGCCUGCUGCACAGCGUUAGAUUUGCACACAUGAGAAAACCCAGCGAUUUCCCAAGGCUGGGCUCCUUGCACCCACGGUGGCUUGAUGUGACGUGACAUACACCUGCAGGAAGGCAGGGAUCCCGCCUGGCGUGUCUCCAGCAUUCCCAUGCCAGACCUCUGUCUCCAGGACAAAACACACAAAGCUGCUUGGCUCCUGUGGAGUAGGCGGCCCCCGUGAGACCCUUUCUGUCUCAUUCACCAAAAGAUGGUAUACAUUCAUGACCUGAACAGCCCGGUAAAUUGUGGAAGUUGUGGCAUAGUCAAUGGCCACUCUCCUCUCCUCUGUGGCGCAUGGCAGCUUCCCUAGCUAAUCCCCUCUUGUGCCUGUCACAUGUAGGGAACGACUCUGGCCAGAGCUGCAUGUGUUGCCAGUAGGAUGAGCAGCAUGAGCCCUGUGUUCCUGUCUUUCAUGCCCUCUCUGUCACCAGUCUGUCCAGGAAAUGAACGGGGCUGCCCUGCCUGUCGUAUCAUGGGCUGCUUCAUGAUACCAGACUCCAGCCAGGCCCACACCUGUGUUCAUGAGCACAGGGAGAGAGCUCCAUGCAUGCUCUUCUUAUAAAAAGCAUAUUAAUAUGUAGUCAGACACAGUGCUUUAUCUUGACCACGUUUUAGAUUAAACAGGAGUCUAACACACAUUUCUUGCUCUCCUGGUUAUUUCUUAAGAGAAAUAGCCAGACUCCAAAGGCAUUAAGACCUAGCCCUUCCUUAAAAAUCUGUGGUUCCCUAUGAUGCAGGGCCAUUUUUAAAAACUUUGAAGACUGAACAGAAGGGGAAAGAUCUUUAAUUAACUGCCAGUGUGUAUUGAUUUCUUUCAGAGAAAUUGAAAUAAGCUCCUUGCAGGUGUCCAAUCCUAGGAACCACUGGUGUCUCGAUCUCCUCUUUUUCAUAAGUGUUUUUCUGAUUCUGUGAUAACUAAUUAACUAUCAUUUGGUGAUUAAAAGAACAUAAAGUGAGAGUCUGAUUAAGUGUCCUUCACUGUAAACUCUGUGAGAAGUGAUUGGAGAGAAACACCUACUGCAAGCCCUUCUGGUUCCCAGUGAAAUGCCACUGCCUGCUUGUCAGCCCCAGCCAGGACAAGCACUGUGCAUGGCAGCUGAGAGACUUCUUCCUUAAAAAUAGCCUGGGCCCUCGCUCCCCGUUCACGAAGUGCCCGCCUCUUGUCAUUGUGCUCCUGUUCUUGAACGCCUACCCAGGUCAGAGGAUCGAGAUCUUCUUAUGAGGGACAUGGCCACUUGAAGAGGCCAGUGUCCUUGUUGAGAGUCUCUGGAUUUUUAAAUGCAUGACAUAUGAGAGGCGGAGGUGGCAGUGACCUACAUUUAGUUUUAGAAUGUGUCUGUGAGUCUUACAUGUGCUCCUUGUCUCCAGGAGGAGAGUGGGUUUGGGGGCUUUCUAAAUGUCUCAAGAGACACAGCUGAGGGUGUCCUGUCACCUGGCACCCAAGAGGCUCCCAAGCCAGAGGGCCUGCUGCUGUGUUUCAGAGGUGUCAUGCUCGGAUGAGGGGUUCAGUGUGGGGUACCCUGCAAAGCUGAUGGGGUUCAGCUCGGUAUUCCUCACUCACCCUUCCGGAACCCACAGAGACUGUGCCACAGAAGCCCUCAUACUGUGAUCUCUGUACCUGGCCCCUGGACACCCAUAUGUCCGCAAGACCCUCCAGGGGUCAGGAGACAGUCUUCCCCGGGGACAGGUAACUGGGAACCCCGAGCUCUGCCCUCACCUCAGACCAUGCUUCAGAGCAUGGCAGCCGCAUGGGCGGCUUGUACCAGGCUCUUCAGGCUGGUGCUGAUGAGUGCAGGAUGACGGUGGGGAGCUAGCUCUGGAACCCUUGCAAGUCCUGAUCGGUGGGGAGCUCGCUCUGGAACCCUUGCAAGUCCUGAUUGGUGGGGAGCUAGCUCUGGAACCCUUGCAAGUCCUGAUUGGUGGGUAGCUAGCUCUGGAACCCUUGUAAGUCCUGAUUGGUGGGGAGCUCGCUCUGGAACCCUUGCAAGUCCUGAUCGAAAUUGGUUUUGAAACGGACGAGCAGCACAACUUCUGUUAACUGUUUGAUUUCAUCAGUUUUUUAAGGAAGAAAUGGGAUCUACCUUCAAGGCUCAAGCUGUUAACUGUGCCUCCCCUCGGGGGUGGAGCUUCAGUGAUAAAAGGUGAUGGUUUAAGAUAGCCCAUGAGUGAUUUUUUUUAAGUUGGGUCGGUGAGAUCUCUGUAAAGGCGCUUGCUGCCAAGGCUGGUGCCACAAGUUGUCCUCUCUUCUCCACUGGUCCUCGUGCGUAUGCAUACACACACACACACACUCACACACACACACCAAUAAAUGUCAUAAUUUAAAAUAUUCUCAGCAGCCAAUUAUCUAGGAGAUAAGCAGAACGCUGCAAUUUCAGAAAAGGAGGGUCAGGUAGGAUUUAGCCUGAGACUCAGAAGAAUGACCUCAGUGAAUUUCCUGUGACGGCAGAGAGGCUUGUCUCGACUUCCAGGAAUAGAAAACCAGGCAAUUCGAUUAUCUGAUUUGCGAGAAAUGUUAAUGGAAUUCCAGGGCAUUUGUCCUGUUUUAUGUGCAAAUGAAACUCUAAAAAAUAUUAGAAGGGUAUUGCCCUUCUCGGGAGCCUUCCUUCUGCAUCUCAGAAGGUGAUGAGUGAGGGGCCUGCACAGAUGAAGUUCAUUAGGCAUGCUGAGAAGGGUAAAUGAACAGAGCUUGGAAUCGCCGUAUUUCUUAGCUCGUCCUUCAGGGUACUCAGAGCACGGAGGGGUGAUUUACUCUCUGGAGCUAGGACUCCACCACAUAGAUCAAGUUUAAUCUGAUGGUCUGUCCCAUCAGAAAUAACUAAUAUCUGUGUUCUUUCCUCUCAGACGGCAAUCAAUCAGAGGUGUGCUAGAUUAUUUUUGGCUUCAAAACAAAAGGAUUCAGAAGUUUACUAAAGAAAAAAAAGAUCUCAGACCUUCCAUCGAUUCCUUUCAUUAUGUUGAACAUUUUAGAUAGCAAGAUUAGAAUAUAUAAAUAGUAGAUGAUGAGAUUAAAACCAUAAUGUCUAAAAAACUUGGAGAAAAAAUGUUUUAAUUUGCUAUUGAGUUCGUUUUCUGGUGCCCGGUGCCUCAUCAAAAUGUUGCAUAAUUACAACAAGCAAAAACCCGAGUAGGUCUCCACAGACAGGACUUGAGUGCCAAGCUCUGUCUGCCAAUUAAUGGAGAGUCCUAAGACAGUAAUGACUUUUUAGGAGCCUCCUCUAAUUGACAGUUUUCUAGCGUGGGUCUUAAUGUCCUCCUUAAUCGCACAGUAGAAACAGCCUGCUGGUUUCCUCAUGCCACUUCUUGAUUCAGGAACUUUUCAGAGUUGCGAGGCAGGUUGUAUACUGCAGUCCAUUGGAGGAACCAUCUUUACACAGAGCUUACAUUGUCUAGGAGUCCCCAAGGCAGCUACCGCCCAGCCGUGUGCUCUACAAAGCACACACUCCAUGAAGCAGGGUUUCAGUCACUUGCUCAGCCAGGCUGGAGUCUACCCCAUGCUCACCGGCUCCAGACCCUACCCACAAUACUGUUUGUGUUGAAAACUAAACUUUGCAUUGUUUGACCUUCAUCAACACUUGGCAUUUAUACUUUUUUCCCUAUAUUUUUUAUUUAACUUUUUACGCAUGUCACUUUCAGUUCCCUCUCCCUCCCCUCCUCUCCCACCCCCACUCCAUCCCCCCCUCUACUACCCAGGGAGGGCAAGGGCCUCCAUGAGAGAUUUCCAGAGUCCGUUACAUCAUCCUGGGAAUGGCCCAGGUUCUUCCUCAUGUGUCCAGGCUGAGAGAGCAUCCCUCCACGUGGCAUGGGCUCCCAGAGUCCCUCUAUUGGCAUUUAUUCUUAAAUUAUCCUUUUUACCCCUUGAGGAAGCUUGGAAGUGAGGCUGGAACUUUUUUCCUCCCAUCCCUGUUUGAAAUUACUACAUGGUGCCUGAAACUUUCUCAAUUGGACCACGCCCAUGAUAUCAGAGGGACCAGUCAGAUUGGUGGGGGAGGAUGAGUGACAGCUGGGUAUCAGAGCACCUGAUCGUGGCUCUAUUUUUAGACCAUUUGUUGUGUUCUGUAGACAAAGCCUUAUUGCCCUGGGAAGGAUUUUUUUUUUAACGUCCAACUCAGUCUUUCCAUCAUUUUACAUCAUGAGUGACUCACACCAUCAUCAAUCACAGCUCUGACCUUCAGAAAUUACGGCCUGCCUUCUGUAUGAUUGACAACAAAUUCUUGCCUUACUCUCAUUUUCUGUGGGCUCUCCCUCAGUCACCCUGCCCCAGCCACCUCAGCACACAUGACAUGCCCUUCCCUGUGGAGUAAAGAGCCCCCGGGACUCCCAGAAGGGCAGCAUGAAACCCGCAAGGCAAGCACAACUGACUGACAGAAUGUGACCUGUCACAGGUGAUAGGAUGGUGGGCCGACAUACCAGACCUCCACGAAGUUUGGAGGAGAGCACCUGUUAAAGAGUUUAAAGUCCAAACCCUAGACAGAAAAGAAAACUGAAGCCCUUGUACCAGCAGUCCUUUGAGAGAGUGCCAUCCCUUGUCAAGACCCAGCACAAGGAGUAAGUGCCCUGUGCCUUGUUUUAAUAGCCUCUGUAUGAAAAGCGAGUUGUUCCUGCUUUUCCCAAGCCUGGUAACACUCUCAACAGCCUGCACUGGAAGCCAUAGCUUCACAACGCUGUACUGCCUGGUUACCUGGAACACAAUACUGGAACAAGGGUUUGCCAAGCCUGUAUGGAUGCUUGAUGACCGUUUUUGCAGUCUGACCUUGGGCUGGACCUAAGUCUGUAAACUCUAUGGUAUCUGUUUUGUUUAUAAAUGCUGGAAAAAGAAAGCACCUUUUGCUUUUUGUUGUAAGAUUUUUCUUUGGUGUGCUUCUGUUUGCAGGUGGUAAAUCUGGCACACUUUGGGACAGUGUUUCUUCAACUCAACUUCCAUUGUAUGCUUUUAUAGAGUAUGGCAUGCUCCAUCACUAUUAAACUGGUGUCAAGAGAGGUGUAAACAUUUUGUCAAUAAAAUGCUAUGUUUACAGAUGCA